ACUCAUUCUUUCGAACCUUUGCGACGAGGUUCUCUUUUCGAAUUUAUAACUUUUCUUAUGAUUUGUCAUUUGUGAUCAAUGGACAAUUGCUCUCAAAAUCAGUCCGUACAACAGUACAACCAUUUAUUAUUGUGACAAUAGUUCUUGCAGACUAAUUCAUUUACAAUUUUGCAAUAGAACCAAGCGUAUAAAGAAUAAUAAUUAUAAUAUACAAUUUCCAAUGAUUCUUUUAUUACAUUCGUAAAAUAAAACGAACAAGUAGACGAACAAAUAUGAACUUUUAUCAUAUUUAAGUCAAAAUAAUCGUCGGAUUAAGUUCAAAGUUUGUCACUCGACUCCACGAAAGAACGAAAGCAACAUUUCGUGGACAGUUAGUGACGCGGUAAUGGGUUUGACGGAUACGAGUUUCGAAGUACUUUUGACCCUGUGGAGGGUUCUCGUCGUGGGAGUCGUGUGGACCGAAGAAAUCUGCGGUCAGUGUAGCGGUGUCUUGCUGAGCCACAGCAUUGCCGAUCUCACUCGUUAAUCGUAUUGGACAUAUUAUUUGGAGGCUGAGACAUGUCGUCGAGGGUGGUGAAGAAUGCGCCAAAGUUGAACGGCAGCGUCGACGGCAGGGAAACAUGGUCCGGCAAAGUCGAUUUCCUUCUCUCUGUCAUCGGAUUUGCCGUCGACCUUGCAAAUGUCUGGAGAUUUCCUUACCUGUGUUAUAAAAAUGGUGGCGGCGCUUUCCUGGUUCCAUAUUGUAUAAUGUUAGUAGUAGGAGGUAUUCCAUUGUUUUAUAUGGAGCUUGCCUUGGGUCAGUUCAAUCGAAAAGGUGCGAUCACUUGCUGGGGUCGUUUGGUACCACUUUUAAAAGGAAUUGGCUACGCAGUUGUAUUAAUUGCGUUCUACGUCGAUUUCUAUUACAACGUGAUCAUCGCCUGGGCGCUGAGGUACUUCUUCGCCUCGUUCGCGAGUCUUUUACCUUGGACUACCUGCGACAAUCCAUGGAAUACUUUGCAUUGUCGCACAUUUGACACAAACAUUUCUUACAUGUUCGACGAUUCAUAUUUUGUCGACACGUACCCUGGUAAUUCAUCACUGGUCGAGGAUCGGUUGGACAGGAAUUCGAAUCAAGGAUACAACAGCACGUGGUACACGAGCGCUGCUCAAGAAUAUUUCAACCGAGCUAUCCUAGAACUUCACGAAAGCGAGGGUUUGCACGAUCUUGGGACAAUUAAAUGGGAUAUUGCAUUAUGCCUGCUGAUGGUCUAUCUGAUUUGUUACUUCUCCUUGUGGAAGGGAAUUUCUACUUCUGGCAAGGUAGUUUGGUUCACUGCUCUGUUUCCUUAUGCUGUUCUAUUAAUUCUGCUUAUACGAGGCGUCACGUUGCCAGGAAGUCUGGAAGGGAUUCGUUAUUACCUUAAUCCGAAUUUUUCCGCCAUCAGUAAAGCAGAGGUCUGGGUGGAUGCAGCAACGCAAGUGUUUUUCUCUCUUGGGCCAGGUUUUGGUGUGCUUUUGGCUUAUGCAAGUUAUAACAAAUAUCACAACAAUGUCUACAAGGACGCUUUAUUAACCAGCUUGAUAAACAGUGCAACAUCCUUCGUUGCUGGUUUUGUGAUAUUUUCUGUAUUAGGGUACAUGGCACGAGCAAGCGGAAAGUCCAUACAGGAUGUAGCGACUGAAGGACCUGGUCUAGUGUUUAUCGUUUAUCCUGCUGCCAUCGCUACCAUGCCUGGAUCAACAUUUUGGGCACUCAUCUUUUUCAUGAUGUUGCUUACAUUAGGAUUGGAUAGCUCGUUUGGAGGUUCUGAAGCGAUAAUAACUGCUCUUAGUGAUGAGUUUGCAAUUAUUGGGAAUAAUCGUGAAAUUUUCGUCGCUUCCCUUUUCACGCUAUACUUCCUUGUCGGUUUAGCUUCAUGUUCUCAGGGUGGCUUUUACUUCUUCCACUUGUUGGACCGAUACGCAGCUGGCUAUUCGAUGCUGUUUGCAGUUUUGGCGGAAGCGAUCGCCAUUAGUUGGAUCUACGGAACAGACAGAUUUUGUGCAGAUAUUAAAGAUAUGAUUGGAUUCUCACCAGGAAUCUAUUGGAGAGUCUGUUGGAAAUUCGUUGCUCCGAUAUUUCUUAUGUUUAUCAUCGUUUACGGUUUAAUGGGUUAUGAACCACUGACUUACGAAGAUUACGUAUACCCUGUGUGGGCAAAUAUAUUAGGAUGGUUAAUUGCCACUUCCUCAAUUGCGAUGAUACCCGGCAUUGCAAUUUACAAGAUCAUCAUCACACCCGGCAAUUUUAUUCAGAGAUUAAAGAUUCUUACCACCCCCUGGAGAGAUACUCAACAAAGAAACGCAGAUUUCUCUUCAGUUGCAAAUGGCGCAGUUCGUCGUAGUUUCAUCGCGGAUGAAGAUUUAAACCUAACCAAGGAACAACAAAAUUUAACGAAAGAACAAACGGAGGUGAUGAUCCAAUCCAGAGAGAAUGUUAAUGGAGAUCCACCACCGGAGCCAGUCUAGGACAGUGCGGUUGUGAUUUUACACGGUGCCCGGUUCCAAGUAUAUCUUUGCUAAUACUCUAUCGUGGGAAUGUACAGUUCUACACGAAACUCGAACGCACCCACUUAGAUUUUACGAUACAAAUGUUUAAUGACAAUUAUUUGCUCUCUUUGAACGGCAAAGCUUCAAGAUUUGUUAGAUUUUUGUGAAAAAAUAUCUUUUCUUAAUAUGUUAUUAUUGAAAAAUAUUUAAAAAAAAAUCUUAUUUGCUAAAAAAAUUUUAUAUUACUAUAAAUUAUAUA